AUGGCUAAAUUUCUUGAAACCAAAGAGUCUUAUUUUCUUCUUCCAGCCCUCUUCUUCUUGCCUAUACUUUUUGUCAUAAUCAAGAACUUAAAAUCUUAUUUCGUGUCAAGAAACAGCCCAAAACUUCCACCAGGGCCAAAUCCAUGGCCAAUUUUAGGCAACAUUCCACACAUAGGACUUAUGCCUCAUGUUAGUCUAGCUAACUUAGCCAAAAUCUAUGGUCCUAUAAUGUGUCUAAAACUAGGAACUCAGUGUAUGAUUGUUGGAUUAUCACCAGAAGCUGCUAUAGAAAUUCUAAAGUUGAAGGAUCGGAUUUUUUCAGGUCGAUAUAUUCCCAAGGCUGUUCCAGCUACAAAGGAAGAACUUAAUCAUUCGUCCCUUGGAUGGACAGAUUGCAAUGAUAAUUGGAAGUCUUCACGUAUAUUAUGUCGUGCUGAACUUUUCUCGAAUAAGGCUUUAGAUUCUCAAGCCAGAUUGCGAGAGAAAAGUAUAACUAGCCUUAUCAAGUUUGUCGGAUCAAAGGAAGGAAAGGAGAUCAAAAUUGCAGAACUAGUUUUUGCAACUGUGUUUAAUAUUUUGGGGAGUUCUAUGAUGUCGAGAGACUUUAUUGGAUUGGACGAAAAGAAUUCGGAUGGAGGGAUGAAAGGCAUUAUAAGGGAAUAUGUGGACGCAUUAUCAGCUCCAAAUUUGUCUGAUUUCUAUCCAAUUCUCAGCAAGCUAGAUCUUCAAGGUAUUCGCAGGAAGGCAGCUGUUUUGAUCGCGAAAAUUUGUGCUGUAUGGGGACCUAUCAUUGAAGAAAGACGAAAUGGGAGGAUUUACUCUUCGACGAGUCAAGAUUUCUUGGACACCCUUCUUGACAACGGUUUUUCUUGUAAUCGGAUCAACCAGUUGUUUUCGGUCAGCUUUCUGUCUCAUCCUUGCCUAAUCCCCCACCCACCGCUCAUGCACACACAAAGUUAUUCACAACAAGUGAGCAGUCCAAGACCAGUUUAUGAUCUUAGAUUACAGGUCUAUGUUCGUACUAGUUUAAAGAAAAUGCAGUCAUUCAAGAACAAAAUUCUGUAUUCUGUAAAAAGACACGUCUUUACAUCAUCAUUCGACGGAUCAGCUGCUUCAGAAAAAAAUGGUUCCGUUAUGUAA